UUGUUUAUGGAGUAUUUUUUUCAUAUGCAGGGCAAUGGGGCAUUUGGGGUUUCUUGUAGUUGUAUUACUCUCAGUUCUCAACUUUGUUCAUGGUUUUCCAAGUAAUAAUCAUGCCCAUCAUCGAUACCUUGGACCCUGGAUCAAUGCUCAUGCCACUUUCUAUGGAGGUGGUGAUGCUUCUGGAACAAUGGGUGGAGCUUGUGGCUAUGGAAACCUAUACAGCCAAGGUUAUGGUGUUAACACAGCAGCAUUGAGCACUGCAUUGUUUGACAAUGGCUUGAGCUGUGGUGCAUGCUAUGCGCUCAGGUGUGUCAAUGACCCACAAUGGUGCCUGCCUGGUUCCAUUGUGGUCACAGCCACAAACUUCUGUCCUCCAGGAGGCUGGUGUGACCCUCCUAAUCAUCACUUUGAUCUCUCUCAGCCAAUUUUUCAACACAUUGCCCAAUACAGAGCUGGUAUUGUUCCUGUAAUUUACAGAAGGGUGAGGUGCAGGAGAAAUGGAGGUAUCAGGUUCACAAUUAAUGGACAUUCCUACUUCAAUUUAGUACUUAUCACCAAUGUUGGAGGUGCUGGGGACGUUCAUUCUGUAGCCAUUAAAGGUUCGAGGACCAGAUGGCAGCCAAUGUCAAGAAACUGGGGCCAGAACUGGCAAAGCAAUUCUUACCUUAAUGGACAAAAACUCUCUUUUCUUGUCACAACCAGUGAUGGCCGCAGUGUCAUCUCUUACAAUGUUGCUCCAGCCGGUUGGUCCUUUGGACAGACUUACACUGGAGGCCAGUUUAGGUUUUAACUACCCUUUAACAAAUAUGAUAUUACAGUAAAAAAAUGUCUGAUGUGAGUUGAAAAAAAAAAAAGAAUUUAUAGUACUAGAAAAUAUUAGCACGAGGGGUGAAUCUUGGGUCAACAUUGAUUUUUCAAUGGCCCUUUCCUGUGUAGUUAUAAUUAUGAGUUUUUGCAGUUCUGUUGGCUUUGAAUUGAAGCCUGGAAGUAACUGCUGUGGGAAGGGAGAGAGAGAGAGAGA